AUGUCGCUCCCAGUUGACGCCAAGGCACAGCCGGAGACGGUGGUGCAGUAUGUGCGAGACUACAUCAUCAAGCCGAACUUUGAAGUUGUUGAGGAAUUUGAGAUUCUGUCGACGAUACGGUAUGACCCACACCUUGGACAGGCACUGCCAUCCGCGAGCAACCCGGGCGUGGACAUAGGCUUAGACUUCCUGCGGAACGACACUCAGGUGUGCCCUGAGCUUCCCGAGAAUAUCCUAUUCAAUGACUUUGCACCGGAGGGGCCGGAAGCUGCGCAUGACCCGCUGCAGGAGCUGCUUCACAUCUUGGACGCGCCGGGGCGGCAGCUGGCACCAGCUGGGCUGCCAGCGAGCGCGCAGCGGGACCUGCGGGCGACGUUCAAGGAACGAUUCUUUCUACUGAAGGAACACCAGCAGAGGCUGAAUCUCGCGAUGUCGUAUUUUGACUGGGACUUUGAAAUUCCUAUGUCGCUAUUACUUGACAAGCUGAUAGAGGCGGUACCGUUGCCAGACGGUGCCGGCGCCUUGGGUUUACAACAGCGGAUGCAACAACUCCUGCUCGGCACUAUGAGCUACAAGAUGCGAGUGUUGAUUUCGAGGAGUGGGAACAUGCGCAUUGAAGCCCAUCCCCUGGUGCGGCUCCCCGCCCCUAACGAUGGACAAAAGUACUUCAUUAACACGCUCCUCUCUGGCUUCGUCAAUGGGCCAACGUGGCAGGUAUGGGUGGAUUCACAGCCCGUAGUUAUUUCGCCGUUUACAACCUUCAAGACGACCAGACGACAGCACUACAAUGACGCACGUACCCGCGUCAUGCAGGCGGCAGGCAUGGACAAGAUGGAAAAGACCGAGGUGCUUGUCUAUAAUGACGCCUUCCAGCUCAUGGAGGGCUCAAUUACCAGCGUCGCAGUUAAGAAGUACAUAGCGGCGAAUGAGUAUCGCUAUGUCACGCCAUUCCUGGCCUCGGGAUGUCUUUGCGGUGUGAUGAGGCAUUUCUUACUCCAGAAGGGGCUGGUACAGGAGGACACAAUAGACGUCAGACACCUGAAAGAGGGAGACGAAGUUCUUUUGUUCAAUGCCGUAAUGGGGUGCGUCAAGGGUGUUAUACGCCACUCUCCACUACAGAGCUGA